AGUCCUGGAAUCCGGAGACUGAUCGUAAUCACACAUGGAUUAUACUCUUUUCGCUGCUUUUUGCUUGUUUCUGCUUUAGAGGAAACUUUCUCACCAACUGUCUUCAAGUGGGACUGCUUUCUCGUGCCAGAGCCAUGAUUUGCUUGCUAAGAUGGAGUGCUUUCAUUUGGACUGUAAAUUUCAUUCCUUGCACUUUUGGGAUGGUAGUGAGUGAACGAACAGAUGGCUCAUGUCCCCCUCUGAGUGUAGAGGACUACAGGUUUUCUGAUGUCUUAGACCGUCCCCUGGAAAUCACAGGAUUUGAUCUCACAGAAAAGUUUCUUCUCCGAAAGGGAACAAUCACAGAGGAGCUGCCGUCGUUCCGUUUAGGAAGCAGUCCGCUCAUAAAGCCAACAAAAGAAAUAUUUCCAAAUGGGCUUUCAAGUGAAUACUCUGUUGUCACCGUCUUCCGGGUAAGAAGAACUACAAAAAAAGACCGCUGGUAUCUUUGGCAGAUUUUCGACCAGUCGGGAGGCGGUCAGGUAUCUGUUGUGGUUGAUGGUGUCAAGAAGGUGGUGGAGUUUUCUUCCCAGGGCCUUUUAAAGAACGCACUUCGCUACACAUUUAAGAGCCGUGACCUACAUGCCCUUUUUGAUCGCCAGUGGCACAAGCUGAGCAUUUCUGUACAGAGCAACAUAGUCUCCGUUUACAUGGACUGCAAGCUAAUAGAAAGGAGACUGACUGAUGAGAAGGACAGCGUCGACCCCAGUGGGCGCACUCUCAUCACUACACGAGUGGAGGAUGGACGACCUGUAGAUAUUGAACUAAAACAAUUCAUAAUCUACUGUGACCCUUAUAUGGCCGAAAUGGAAAAUUGCUGCGAGCUACUGGAGCCAAAGUGUGAAGCCAAGAAGACCUUUAAUGGGACUUCCCCUCCCCUGGUUACAGCCCAGCUCCCCCAGAUGCUGUCUCAGCCGGCCUCAAAGUCAAUUGACAGAUGUCACUGUCCGGCGGAAAAGGGUGAUGCUGGACUGCCAGGACAGAAAGGGGAUAAAGGAGACAAGGGGGACACAGGGGAGUCCGGGGCUUCAGGAAACCCAGGACAAAAGGGGGAACUUGGAUCAGAAGGGCAAAAGGGAAUCGAUGGGGAGAAGGGUGUGAAAGGUGACCCAGGGCCAGUUGGUCCAGUUGGUCCCAAAGGAAACAAAGGUGAUGUAGGUCUGACUGGAGCUCCAGGGCUGCCUGCUGACAAAGAAUCCCUCAAAGGAGAAAAGGGCCCUCCAGGUGACAAAGGAGAGAAGGGAUCGACAGGGGAACCAGGGAAAGAGGGCAAAAGGGGACGGAGAGGAAAGACUGGGGAGCCUGGACUCAGAGGCCUGCCUGGUCCCGCAGGAACAGCUGAAGGAGCAAGUGUCAAGGUGGAGAGGGGUGAGCCUGCAGUCCCGGCGGGGAAAGGGGAGAGAGGAGAGAAAGGAGACCCCGGUCAGCCAGGUGCCGAAGGGGCCGGCGGGAUGAAAGGACAAAAAGGUGAUGUUGGCCCUCCUGGUCCUCCAGGUCCUGUGAUGACAGCUCACGGAUUAAGACAGCUCUCUGGAACUGAUGAGCUGAAGGAGACGAUUCAAAAGGGAGAAAAAGGAGAUGAGGGGGAUAAAGGAGCUCAGGGGCCACAAGGCUUCAAGGGAAACAUCGGGCCGCCAGGACUCAAGGGAGACCAAGGACCAGAGGGCAAGCAAGGCCUGCCUGGACCCACUGGACUCCCAGGACUCCCAGGCGAGCCAGGCUCGCCAGGGGAGGCAGGGGUGCCUGGGAGAGAUGGCCUGAAAGGAGAAAAGGGGGACUCUGGUGGAGUGACGGGGCCAGCGGGACCUAAGGGUGAGCCUGGAGAGCCUGGAGGUGGAUAUAUGGGCGAUGGGUUGUCUCUAACCAGAGGCUCUCGUGGGCCUAAGGGUGAGAGAGGGGUUCCGGGAUUGCCAGGAGACCACGGUGAAAAAGGCGAACCUGGAGAGAGUAUCAUCGGCUCGCCGGGCCGCAUGGGACCUCCAGGGAAGCCGGGAAUUGAGGGCUCUCGCGGACCUCCAGGUUUAUCUGGCCCCCCUGGAGUUCCAGGAAGAGAGGGCUCCCCUGGUAGGCCAGGCCCCCCGGGCCCUGCUGGACCCCCAGGUGAACCAACUGCCUUGCCAAUUGUUGGAGACAUGGGUGCAUUACUCAAGAAUGCCUGCAGUGUGUGCCAGACGAGAGUCCCAGGGCUUCCUGGGCAGAAGGGAGAGAAGGGGACCCCUGGAGCGCAAGGAGUGGAAGGCCUGGUGGGAGAAAAGGGGGAUCCAGGUGUAAGAGGUCCCACAGGUAACCCUGGGAAAGAAGGCCCAAAGGGAGUAAAAGGAGAGAGAGGGUUCCCAGGCCCCAUUGGAGAUAAAGGUGAUGAGGGGCCUCCAGGAGUACCAGGACUUCCUGGUGUGACCGGUCGUACGGGGGCCCAGGGGCUUAUGGGUAGACCUGGGCCACUGGGCCAACCAGGAGGAAAAGGAGAAAAAGGAAGUGAAGGACCCCCAGGCAGACCAGGGCUUCCAGGGCCUCCGGAGAUGUCUGAAUUAGUGUUGCUUCUGUUUCAGGGCAAUGGGAUGAGCAGUCUGUACAAGCUACAGAAUGGUGGAGCUGUUUUAGGACCCCCUGGAGCUCCUGGUGCGCCGGGUCCCAAAGGAGAUGAAGGACUUGCAGGGGAACCAGGAGCCAUGGGAUUACCCGGGCUCGAAGGACUACCCGGUGCCAAGGGUGAUAUUGGUUUGCCUGGCCCACCUGGGAUACAAGGUCCUCCAGGGAAGCCCGGCACUCGUGGAGAGUCAGGGAUCCCAGGGGAGCCGGGUGAGAGGGGGCCGCUCGGAGAGACAGGAUUCCCAGGGCCCGAGGGACCCCAAGGUGUUGCUGGGAGACCUGGAAGAGAUGGAACUCCUGGAGACAAGGGACCUACAGGUGCAGUAGGGGACAGAGGAUCCAAAGGAGAACGUGGUGAUCCAGGGAUUCCUGGAGAAAGAGGUGUUCAAGGCGAGAGGGGUCGUAUUGGAGAUCCUGGCCAGGAGGGACACAUCGGACCACCAGGCCAAAAAGGAGAUCCUGGCCCCCCGGGAGACUUGGACAACGUUAAACUCUUGGGUGAUCCCGGCUUCAUGGAGGAGCUUAAAAUGUUCAUCAGAAAUGAAGUUUUGAGGGUCUUCGAAGAGAAGCUAUCAAGCUCUACCCUCCUGCAGAAGACACCUGCAGGAAUCUUAGCUUCACAAAUCCACGGGCCUCCAGGACCUCCUGGAAAGGACGGAUUACCAGGAACGCCAGGAGAGCCCGGACCUCCUGGUCCUCAUGGGUACAGGGGUCAGAAAGGAGAACGAGGUCAGCUUGGUCUGGGGUUACCAGGAGAUCCAGGACCCAUGGGACCGCCAGGCCCUCCUGGGAUCACUUCUCAGGGCCCUCCUGGCUCUCCGGGGCACCGUGGACCUCCUGGGACAUGCGACCCCAGUGACUGUCUCCUUCCGUCCCUGUGAACCCAGCAGAGGGACAUUAAAUAGCCGGCUGGUUUGAAUACAGACGUCCAGCUCCGAGCUCAGUGCCACAGAGCAGGAGAAGGAUGGCUUCGCUGUAUUUAACAGCUUUCUGAUAUAUCGGACAGACUCACAACUGACCUCUUUUGUUCACCUUACAAUAACAUUUGAAUGCAGUCAGGAUUUUUUUUCUUGUUGUUGUUGGGUUUGUUUUGAAUGGAAUACAAAACCUUUGAGGGUUUUUUUUUCUUUUUAAUUCUGUACUUUAAAGGUGUUUUCACAUCCCCUACUGUGAUGUAAUGCAUUCCUUGUCAACUCUCAUUAUGUGCUUUAAGACCAUGAAAUGACUUUGUUUCAUCAAGUUCAGUCGUUUCUGAAAACCUGAUCUUAAAUAUUUGUGUGCCUCCUUAAUGGGCAUGCUCAUUCACUCUUCUGUUCUUAUUUAGAUAAGCCAAUGUGCUGGCAGAAGGUACAUCUCACGUUUGUUUGUUUGUUUGUUUGUUUGUUUGUGUGUGUGUGUGUGUGUGUGUGUGUGUGUGAGAGAGAGAGAGAGAGCGAGAGAGAUUAGGUGAAUGAAUAUACUUGUUUUAUGUUAAGGUGUGAGAAAAUAACAGAUUUUUGAAACUCCUUAUGCAACCAAAGUGCAGCAGAUGUGUCUGAUAUGGGAAUUAUUUAUUUUCAGCGUGUUCUGCAAGAAUGUGUUUAAAGAUAAUAAUUGUAGUAAAUGUAGCAUGGAUAUUCAGUAAUAUUAUUUAUAGAAGGUGGAUUAAUACAUAACUAGAUCUGAGAGUUUUUUUUCCACUCAUGACACAUUUGCAUUGUGCAUGAUAAUCAUUUUUUAAAAGGAUCUGCAGUAUAAUCAUUAAUAAAGACGUCUUCCUAUUUUCUGUAGGUUGUAAGUUGCUACUGAGCGCCAUAUUUUUCAAACUACAACUCAUAAUGUUUUUUCUGAAACUACUGUGUUUGUAAGACACACACAUCAAGGGCAGAUUUGAAGAAUGUACUUUAAAGGUCUUGUAUGUUUAAUGAAGUGGCCUCACGUUCACCUUUACUGUUUGUUUAAUCUGUAAAUAAGUUGAACGAGUGAUUGUAUUUUUUUCCUUCUUCAUGUCUAAUGGGGCUUGUAAUGGGACCUGACAAUAUAAUUACAUAAGCAAGUUGUCAUUGUGAUGACACAGUAAGGUUCUCACUUGUGUGUGCGUGUGUCUGUGAUACUGAUUAAUAAUAUUAAUUGUUUACAUGG